UCCAUUACACGGUGAUGGGUUAGUGGUUCAGAUUUUCUCUCUCAAUUUCCAUUGUCUUCUUCCGGAUGUAGUAUUGGAUUGCAUGUCUGAUUACACCAAUUGCCAUGGUCGCAAAAAUGGACACGUAAAACAUUGCCAGCCUUUCUGGGGCGUACGCUUAUUACAACUCAAAAUCCAAUUCUAUCUUCCCAUGGCGAUGUGAGCAUAUCCUUUGUUUUCUCUCCAAAAGCUACUUACUAAUCAAAAUCCCAAAAAAUUUGAGCCCCAUUUUGAUCUUUCUUGCCCCCUCCUUCAGUUUUGACUGGAUAUUUAUGUUCUAAUUUUCUAAUCUGGGUUUUGAAGUUCUGGGUUUGUCGUUAAGCCAGCAAAUGUUUCUCACUGUAUUCCAAUUGGGUAUAUUGGCUUCAUGAGUUUAGGCACUAUGUUGGACCCGGUUAGUUGCUGCCAAAGCUCCCAGUCCCAGAUUUAUAGUGUAGUUAAACAGAAGAAUCCUAUGAGGGCCUACUCUCAUAUUAUUCAUCAACUUUGUGGACCUUCCUUCAAUUUACAUAACUUACAGUCGAAGAAAGUGGCUGUUCCAUCAUUCACCAUAAAUUGCUUGAGGAAUGGUUAUUCUUUAGUACCUGUACUUUUCCACAACAGUUCUACUACAUUAGCAUUCAGCUCGUCUAAAGUAGUUGGCCGGGAUGGAUUCAAUUGGUCUAAUCAUAGGCCUAAACAGAGGGAAAGAUUAAGAACAUGUGCGGCCGUUGAUGUUGCAGCUGCUGUUGAUGUCAUCAAUGAUCUAGGAUUGGAUACAUUGACAUUCCUAGCUGUGACAGUCAUAGUUGUUCCUCUAUUUAGGAGAGUUAAAGCUAGCCCUAUACUUGGUUUCUUCUUUGCUGGGAUUGUACUUAAUCAAUUUGGUGUGAUUAGAAAUCUUAUAGAUGUUAAAGUUUUGUCCGAAUGGGGAAUACUUUUCCUGCUAUUUGAGAUGGGUCUAGAGCUUUCAUUUGCCCGUUUAAAGGCUCUUGCAAGAUUUGCUUUCGGCAUGGGUUUGACACAGGUCAUAUUAUCUACUAUCGCUUUCACAGCAUUUGAACUUCCCCCUAAUGGGGCUAUUGGAACAAGAAUUUUGGAGUUCCUUUUUCAUGCCAGAUCUGACUUGGUUAACAUCAGAAGCAUUGAUGAAGCUAUUGUGAUUGGUGCUGCCCUUUCUCUUUCUUCUUCAGCUUUUGUUUUACAGCUUCUUGCAGAGAAAGGUGAGCUUGCAACAAGGUUUGGCUCGGCAACUCUAGGGAUACUUCUUUUUCAGGAUAUUGCUGUUGUCCCUCUCCUGGUCAUACUUCCGGUUCUUGAGAGCCAGAAUUUGGGCACGCAAAGUAUCUGGCCAAUGCUUGCACAAGAAAGUUUGAAGGCCUUAGGUGGACUGGGUCUGCUCUCCCUUGGAGGGAAGUUAAUACUUAGGCGAGUUUUUGAGGUAGUUGCGGAAGCAAGAAGCUCAGAGGCUUUUGUGGCACUUUGCCUGCUGACAGUUGCUGGCACUUCACUAAUCACUCAGAAAUUGGGCUUUAGUGAUACGCUGGGAGCAUUUUUGGCUGGAGCAAUAUUAGCAGAAACUAAUUUCCGGACACAGAUUGAAGCAGAUAUUAGGCCAUUUAGGGGCUUGCUCCUUGGGUUAUUCUUUGUUACCACGGGGACUUCCAUUGAUACGCAGCUCCUGUUCCGAGAAUGGCCGAAUGUUCUUGCACUUUUGGCAGGUUUAAUAGCAAUCAAGACCCUUAUAAUAACAGCAAUAGGUCCCCGUGUGGGACUCACUACUCAAGAAAGUGUAAGAAUAGGAUUACUUCUAUCUCAAGGAGGCGAGUUCGGGUUUGUAGUGUUUUCUCUAGCUAACAGGCUUGGAGUGCUACCACUUGAGUUAAACAAGCUGCUCAUCAUUAUUGUUGUCUUGUCAAUGGCUCUAACCCCCUUGCUUAAUGAAGCUGGACGAAAGGCAUCUGAAUUCAUUAGCGAAAAGUACGAGACAGAGGACAAAGCUGCAGAGACGGUAAAUUUUGACGCUAGCGAACCUGUUGUCAUUGUUGGAUUUGGACAAAUGGGUCAGGUCCUGGCAAAUUUCUUAUCUGCACCUUUGGUAUCUGGGGGAGAUGGCGACACUCCUGGAUGGCCAUAUGUGGCUUUUGACAUCGAUCUUUCUGUAGUGAAGACAUCUAGAAAACUUGGUUUUCCUGUUCUCUAUGGAGAUGGAUCUCGACCAGCAGUUUUGCAGUCCGCUGGAAUCUCUUCUCCAAAAGCUGUCAUGGUUAUGUACACAGAGAAGAAGACGACAAUUGAGGCUGUUCAAAGGCUCCGGCUUGCUUUCCCAGCAAUCCCGAUUUACGGCCGUGCUAAGGAUGUGGUGCAUCUAUUAGAUUUAAAGAAUGCUGGUGCUACAGACGCUAUCCUCGAAGAUGCGGAGACUAGUUUGCAACUCGGGUCAAAGCUUUUGAAAGGGCUCGGCGUCAUGUCUGACCAAGUGUCUUUCAUAAGUCAGAUUGUUCGGGACUCUAUGGAAAUACAAGCUCAGGAUGCACUCGACAAAUCUGACGAGCAAGAGUUAGAAAUUAUGAAGCCGAUGCAGAUACGCGUCAAGGACUCACUCGAGUCGGGAUUACCUAGUUUAUCAACGUCCCCCGAGGACAACCUGUCGAGGCUGAACCAGGAAGACAACUCUCUGAUCUUAAAUGGCAAAGAAAUGGAGCAAAGAAAGCAAGAUGCUGUUUUCCAGAAGGCUGAAGAUUUAGAUGGAAAGGGAGUUCUAUACUGUGAACUUGAUUCAGAGAACAACUUUUUAGAUCAAAAUGUGGCAGAGCCACCAACCCCUUUCAUAGCAGCCACUGACGAGGUUUAGAAAAGUGAAUGGCUUACUGAAAUGAAAGGAUUCUUGUGUUCCAAAAGUUUUGUUUCUGUCCAUUCACUUGUCAAGAAUUUUUUUCCCACAACUUUUGACUUUGUUUAGUCUUUAGUGGGCAUAAGAUCUCAUCUGGCUACUGUUGUAAAGAACUUGUCAGAAAAGCUUUUGGCCCUUUCCCCAAAGAAACCACACCACCAUGUAUAUUGGCUUCAUUUGAUUGAUAUUCUAUUAGUUGUCACUAAUUUUGGAUCC